AUGGCUGGUCUUAACAGAUCUCCUGUAUAUUCUAAGCAACACUCAGCUUCUCCAAGGCUUCCUUUAAGUACCAGGACUAACCCUUUCGACUCGGAUGAUGAGGUAGAUAAUAGUAACAAAACCAUUAAAACCUCCGGCCGAACAUCUUCAGAACCUUCUCUGCACAUGAGCACAAAUCCUUUCGAUGAAAGUCCUGUUAAAGGUUCCUACUCAGCCCAGAGCUAUCUUUCUUCGGCAGACAAUAGCAGAUACAAGAACGAUUUUCGGGACUUUGGAGGAAUAGAAAACCAAACAGUACAGGAACUGGAAAAUUAUUCCAUGUAUAAAGCUCAAGAGACUACAAAAACCGUCAAAAACUGUCUCAAGCUUGCCGAGGACAUAAGGGAAGAUGCUACUAAGACUUUGGUCACGUUGCAUCAACAGGGAGAGCAAAUCACGAGAACUCACAAGGCUGCUGCUGACAUCGAGCAUGACCUCAGCAGGGGUGAGAAGCUAUUGGGGAGUCUUGGGGGAUUAUUCUCCAAGACAUGGAAGCCUAAGAUGAGUCGCCCAAUUACAGGUCCUAUAAUCACCAAAGAUGAUCCAGUACAAAGAAAGGUCAAUCACUUGGAGCAGAGAGAAAGGUUGGGUUUAACUUCUGCAUCAAAAGGACAAUCACGUGCACACACACUACCUCCCGAACCCACAAAUGCAUUGCAGAAAGUUGAGGUGGAAAAGGCGAAACAAGAUGAUGCUCUUUCAGAUUUAAGUAAUCUUUUGCUGGACCUGAAGGAUAUGGCUAUGGACAUGGGAUCUGAAAUCGAUAGGCAGAACAAAGCUCUGAGUCAUGUUGAGGAUGAUGUUGACGAGCUGAAUUUUCGUGUCAAAGGUGCCAAUCAGCGUACUCGCCGUUUACUUGGAAAAUAA